CCGGUUUGUUUGGAUGGCGACCCGUCAACUGCGCCGUUAUGUUGUGAAAUUGUGUUCCUGAGCACAACUGGCAAUUAUCAACUUAAUCUGCUUUUGUGAUUUUAUUUGUUGUUUUGGAGUUUUCAUAGCUAUUCUGAAAUGGGCGCGGCUGUGGAAGACGUAGCUGCAGCAUUAGUGAGGGAAUAUCUCAGUAGAAAGGGCUUGCACAAGACACGCACGUGCAUAGAUGAAGAGCUUCCUCGCACUGAUUCCAGCAUCAAUAAUAGAAAAGCUUUGCGCCAGAUUUUGCACCUAGAGGCUCUUUAUAAGAAGAAUAAGUUGGAAGAAUUUCCUUUGAAAUCUAUGUUGGAGAUGGUUGUGAAAAGACAUAUGGAGGAACAUGGAGAUGUGAGCAUAAGAAGUUGUAGUGUACAGCAGGCCUUUUUAAAGCAGACCAGCAUCCUGACAAACUCAGAUAAUGUAUUGUCACAUGGCAACAUGGUUGAUGAUCGUGAUGGUGGAAGAGGAGCAAGUGCAAAAGGGGAGGAGUGGAAGUGGUUUGUCAGUGCCUUCUUCCAUGCAUGUCUGGGGGUUCACUCUGAGCUGGACUCACACCUAACACUCACCAAGCAUCUCAGGAGCAGCGAGGCACUAGCUUUACCCACUGUGCCAUCACAUCACAAAUCACUUGAUAGUAACUCCAUUUUCCCCUCCAAGAAAAUGUUCUUGUCUCAGAAAUCAGAGAUGAAAACUCAGUUGAAUGCCAUCAGGAGCCCCAGCUGCUCCUCAGAUAGUGAGAGCAUCAUCAGGCAAGUGCCUGUUGCUCCAGAGAAGGACUGCAGUAGCUGCAGGGCAGCAGAGAAGAACAGCACAGACAUUCAUAAAAACAGAGGUAGCCGUGCCAUACGAGGUAUGAUGGCAGGCCCAGUAAGCAGUUCCAUGCAGGAAUGCAACAAAAAACGAGUAACUCGAAAACUGUGUGGGUCCGGUCCUGUUCAGGCAAAGGAUGAGGAGAACAAGCAUGACUUUGCCGCACGCAGUGCUCAGUCCCACAGUGCUGAAGCAAGGAGACACACUGCCAAAGUGACUAGCAGGCCAGACACAAAUGACAAUGAAAUUGUUGAACUGUUAAAACCAAUCAAUAAAAACGAAGAAAUAAGUGAGAGAUCACCAGGAAACGAGCACCAGACUCAAAACAGAGAGAUUUUACCGAACAGUCUGGCAGCAGGCGAUCUCCAUCCCGGAGAUAUGAUAUUAGAUGACAUCAGUGAUGAUGAGAAGGUUUAUGAUCUGUCUAGUGGACCCAUCAUUUCUAGAUGCACUUCACUGAACGUCAGUUCACAUCCUAUUAAUCACAAAACUGCUAUUGCCUUGAAAGAAGUUCUUUUUGGUUCCCCACUGAGCUGUUUCAGUGACGAAUGGAAAACUCAAAGUUUUACCUUUUCAGAUACACCCCAAGUGCGAUAUGGGAUCAUACAGAAAAAGGGUGGUCCUUGUGGAGUGUUAGCCUCCGUUCAGGCUUGUGUCCUACAGAAGCUUCUCUUCGAAGACACUAGCAGUGCAUCAGAGCAUGAGAGAUUACAGCCCUCGCGUACUUUACGAAGAAGAUGUCUUCUUACAUCUCUUGUUGAAAUUCUGUGGAGGGCAGGAGGAAACAAAAGGGCAGCAGUUGCAGUAUCUUCGGGCAGGAAGCACUUUACUCCUGUAGGAAGAUACAAAGUGGAUGGAGUCCUGGAAACGAUAACAAUUUUCAAUGUAGAAAAUUUGGAAGACUUAAAAUUACUUCUGGAUCAGCAUAUAAAACAGUUUGAGUCUGGUCCAUUUGGGUGUAUUUUGCUGAUAGUAUCAGCCAUCCUUUCAAGAUCAGUUGAAAGGGUUAAAUCAGAUUUUGAUGUGCCCACCAACUCACUCAUUGGAGCUCAUGGCUACUGCACCCAGGAGCUUGUGAACCUGUUGCUUGUUGGACAAGCAGUUUCUAAUGUCUUUAAUGAUGAUUUUGAGCUCAGCUCUGGAGAUGGAAGCAAGACCGUUUUAAAGGGAAUCAAAGAGCGCAGUGACAUUGGAUUCUUAUCUUUGUUUGAACAUUAUGACAUCUGUAAGGUUGGGACUUACCUAAAGAAUCCCAGAUUCCCAAUCUGGGUUGUGUGCAGUGAAAGCCACUUCACUGUGCUCUUCUGUACAAGCAAGGAACUCUCAAAGGACUGGAUGGUAGCAAAGAAGUUUGACCUCUACUACUAUGAUGGUCUGGCCAAUCAGCUAGAGGAAAUUCGACUUACUAUCUCUACUGGAAGUUCAAGAAGUAUCUCCAAAAGUGUUGACAAGGACCUGAUCCCCCCUCUGGAACUCUGUAUUAGAACAAAAUGGAGAGAUGCCCUUGUCAGCUGGAACAAAACUGAGCCAAUACUUUGACUUUCAGUUGAAUUAACCCCCCCCCACAAAAAAUGUGGUUUUGUGUACAUAUUAAUAUCACAUUAAUAUUAAUUUUGAUUGGUUCCUACAUUUGUGUUGCAAUCAAUUCCUCAAAAUUUUCCAGGAAACAUAUGUGAGAAUUUCAUCUUUUUUCUAACAAUAUCCACUUGUUU